AAUGGUCGAAAUGAGCUUCUAUAUUUUGUACAAUUUAAUGGUUUUGAGACAAACAUAUUUUGUUUUAAGUUAAAAUGUUAUGCUAUAAAUAUUAUAUGCAUUCUGUUCUUCAACAUUCGUACCUUAAAUACAUUCCAAAUUCGGGAGACUUGCUAGGCAUUUUUCCCAGUGGAUUUUUCGUUGCCCGGCAACCUCAAUUUGGGAUUCGAUGGCGCAAACAAAGGCCCCAGAGACCACAACAAAUGACGGUGUGGAAAGUGCAAUUGCCAGCGCAGCCGGCGCAGCGAAAGGAGGCGAACCCGUCGGAGUCCAGAAAUGUCCUUCAAGGAUGUGCGAGAUCUGGGAGAGCACCUCAAGCUGCUGGGCUUUCCGCGGGUAUUCCCGCUGCAAUCCCUGGCCAAUCCGCACGGCAGCCUGGCCAGCUUUCACAUAGUCGCCGAGCUGCUCCAGUGGCUGGCCGGCCUGAUGGAGCCGGGAGCCACCUUGCCCGGCGGGGUGGAGUCCGAGGAACAGCGGGUGCUCCUCGUCCGCUCGGCCACGGAGUUCUUUGUGACCAAGGCGGCGAUUCGCCUGAACCCCCGGAAACUGUACGCGGCUGCAGCGGUCACGGCAGCGGAGCUGCAGAAGAUCACCCGCCUGCUGACGGCGCCGGGUCAACAGGAGGCGGACCGCGACGAGGAGGAGCAGAGGGAGCAGUACCGGAGCCUCAACCCGGUGGACAUCGGCGACAAGAUGGAGGAGCUGCGCAAGGCCAGGGAGCUGGCGGCGGAGCUGACGCAGCGCGGCACCACCAUUUACGAGCUGCUCUCGAAGGAGCUGCUGCACAAGGAGGCACGCACCUCGCAGGCCCAGCGACCCCUGGAGCUGCUCGGCGUGGAGCGGACGCUGAAGAACGCCAUCCAGGCCAGUCAGGUGCGCCUGCAGUCGAGCAGGGCCCAGCUGGAGGCGGGCAAGGUGGAACUGAAUGCCCUGAGCUCCAAGUUGCAGCGCCGCAGGGCGGAGCUGGAGCGGACCCGCCAGCGGCUGGAGGCGCUGCAUCGCAUCCGGCCGGCGCACAUGGCCGAGUUCGAGGAGUGCGAGAAGGAGCUGCAGCAGCUCUUCCAGCGCUACUUCCUCCGGCUGCACGUGCGGGACGCCCUGAAGUCCCAGCUGGAGCUGCGCACCAAGCGAGCCACGCCCAUCGCCUCGCCCGUGCUGCAGAAGCCCGCCGAGAGCUCCAUGCCCUUCAUCCCGGAGGGGCUCAUCGAGGACGAUGACGAUGACGAUGAUGACGACGACCUGGACGAUGAUGACGAGGUGGAUGACGGAGCCGAGGCGGCCUCCGGCCUCGACAUGGUGGUCAAUGGCAGGAGUGUCUUCGGCCUGGACUCGGAGAUACCCGACAUCCGGGACGAGGACAAGCUGAUGCAGCAGAACAGCCUCGCCUCUGCCCAGGAAAAGCGUCCUGGCACCGCCACCUCGCGGAUGAGACCCACCACCGGCAGGAGCAGGAAGGGAGUCGCAGGACGAGGGACAGCAGGAGGAGGAGAAGGAGGAGGCGAUGCCAGAGCCGCUCGAGGCUCUCGAAGAGGAGGCGCAGCUGGCGGAGAGGCGGGUGGCGGCCACCGGAAUGGCCGGAACGGACCCGGAAGCAGCAUGCUCAAUUCCCGGGACGACGACAGCAGCUUCGGGAGUUCCGAGAGUGAACUGGAUGUGGGCGAGAUCAUGGGCAUGAGCGGAAUGAGCGGGAUGAGCGGCAUCAGCGGAAUCAGUGGCAUGAGCAACAUUGCAUUGGGAGCCGGCGAUGACGACUUUGACCUCAACUCGAUCGAUGACAUUAGCAUUUCAAAGUUAACUGGAGAACUGCCGCUCCGACCGAAGACCGCCAACAAAGCAGAGCACCACAGCGACGAGGAUUUCUAGGGUUAAACGAUCAUUUUCUACGGAUUUUAUAAACGCAUUCAGGUUGUCACCAAUAAAGAACCCUUUCUCAACAAUUUCAA